CUCUUAUUUUAUUUAUUUUUUUUAAUUCAUUUAAAUGCUCGCUAAUUAUUCAAAAAAGUUCUUUUUGAAUAAUUUAUCCACAAAAUCCUAUUUUAGCAACCAACUUUUAGCAAGAGUCAUGUCUACCACUGUCAAUGCUGCUGCAGAACGUGAGAAGACUGUUGUCGAAAACUUGAAGGAUGUACUAAAGACAGUCGAGGAAUUCAAAACACACCCUAGUGCUCGCUUAGUAGCUGUUAGUAAAUAUAUGCCUGCUGAAGAUAUUUCAUAUGCUAUGAAGACUGGUCAGAUUCACUUUGGUGAAAGCUACGCAGCUGAACUGGAAGAAAAGAGUAAAAAUCUUCCUUCAAACAUUGCGUGGCACUUCAUUGGACAUUUACAAACAAACAAAUGUAAAAUAGUAGCAAAGAUACCCAAUUUGUUUGCUGUGGAGACGAUCGAAAGUGAAAAGAAAGCGGAUGCCCUGAACAAGGCAUGUGUCAAUGUUGGUAGAAAGGACAAAUUAAGAGUCUAUGUUCAAAUCAAUACAAGUGGAGAAGAAUCUAAAAGCGGAUGUGAACCAGAAGAGACAUAUAAAGUUUGUAAACACAUUAAGGAAAAUUGCCCUGCUUUAGAAUUGUAUGGUUUAAUGACCAUUGGUAUGAAAGAUCGUGAUGCAGCAAAUAAUCCUGACUUCAAAAAAAUUGUUGAACUCAAAGAAGACAUUAAAUCAAGGUUAGAAUUAGAUCAUUUCGAAGCCAGUUUUGGUAUGUCAGGCGAUUACAUAGAAGCCUUGAAGUUGGGAUCAGAUAAUGUUAGAGUUGGUUCUGCCAUCUUCGGUCCUAGGCGAAUCAAGCAAUAGUGGUAUUUCAAGGCGCCAUUUGCUAUUAAAUUACAAGCGAAAAACGUGCUUAAUUGCUGUUUUAUUUUUGUAGAACUCUUGUAGACUUUCUUUCUUUUAAAUCACAU